CGGGAGCCGGGUUGCGGGUUUGGCUUUGAAGAGGAGCUGGUGCCAGUGUUUUCGUGUGCCGCGCUGCGAGGGCUGCUGCAGAGUGCUGUGAGGGGGCCAUGGGCGACCUGGGAAGCCACGACAUGGAUGCAGUGACCUAUAAUGAUGUGCACGUUGACUUCACCUGGGAAGAGUGGGCUUUGCUGGAUCCUUCCCAGAAGAAUCUAUACAAAGAUGUGAUGCUGGAGACCUAUAUCAACCUCACUGCUGUAGGCUACAAAUGGGAAGAUCACAAUAUUGAAGAACAUUGUCAAAGUUCUCGAAGACAUGGAAGGCAUGAAAGAAGUCAUAAGGGAGAGAAACCCUCUGAAUAUACUCAAUAUGUUGAAGCCUUUGCCUAUCAAAGUCAUCUUCAAAGUCAUAAAAGAAUUCAUACUGGAGAGAAACCCUAUGAAGAUAUUCAAUAUGAUGAAGCCUUUGCAUGUCAUAGUCGUCUCCAAAUACAUAAAAGAACACAUACUGGAGAGAAAUCCUGUGAAUGUAAUCAGUGCAUUAAAGGAUUUGCAUGUCACAGUCAUCUUCAAAUACAUAAAAAAACACAUACUGGAGAGAAACCUUAUGAAUGCAACCAGUGUGGUAAAACCUUUGCACGUCAAAGUUGUCUCCAAAUACAUAAAAGAAUACAUACUGGAGAGAAACCCUAUGAAUGUACUCAAUGUGGUAAAACCUUUGCACAUCCAAGUAAUCUCCAAGUACAUAAAAGAACACAUACUGGAGACAAACCCUAUGAAUGUAAUGAAUGUGGUAAAGCCUUUAUAUGUCAAAGCCGUCUCCGAAUCCAUAAAAGAAUACAUACAGGAGAGAAACCAUAUGAAUGUAAUCAAUGUGGUAAAGCAUUUGCAUGUCAUAGUUAUCUUCAAAUCCAUAAAAGAACACAUACUGGAGUGAAACCCUAUGAAUGUAAUCAGUGUGGUAAAGGCUUUACAUCUCCCAGUUAUCUUCAUAUUCAUGAAAGAACACAUACUGGAGAGAAACCUUAUGAAUGUAAUCAAUGUGGUAAAGGCUUUACAUGUCACAGUCAACUUCAAAAUCAUGAAAGAACACAUACUGGAGAGAAACCCUAUGAAUGUAAUCAGUGUGGUAAAGCAUUUGCAUGUCAUAGUCAUCUUCAAAUGCAUAAAAGAACACAUACUGGAGAGAAACCCUAUGAAUGUAAUCAGUGUGGUAAAGCCUUUGCACAACACAAUCAUCUUCAAAGGCAUAGAAGAACACAUACUGGAGAAAAGCCCUAUGAAUGUAAUCAAUGUGGUAAAGCCUUUGCGUCUCAAAGUAAUCUCCAAAUACAUAAAAGAACACAUACUGGAGAGAAACCCUAUGAAUGUAAUCAAUGUGGUAAAGCCUUCACUUGUCAAAGUAGUCUCCAAAUACAUAAAAGAAUACAUACUAGAGAGAAACCCUAUGAAUGUAGUCAAUGUGGUAAAGCUUUUUCACAACACAGUAGUCUUAAAAUACAUAAAAGAACACAUACUGGAGAUAAAUCCAACAUAUGUAAUCAAUGUGAUAAAGCCUUUGUAUCAGAAACCUUUGAAAACAUAAGAAAAAAAUCAUGCUGCAGAGAAACCACUUAAAUAUAAUCAAUGUUGCAAAGUUUUGCAAGUCAUGGUAGUCUUUAUACAAGAAUAAAACUUUAGUGUGUAAUUUGUCUGUUAAAGCCCCUGAACAUAAAAUUAGACUUUAGGAUUCUGACAAAACUCAUACUGAAGGUACUCUGAAUAUAAGUGAUUUGGUAAGAUCUUUAGCCAAUACAUUUACAUUCAGUUACACAAGAUUAUUCUAGAGGAAAAAACUGACAAUAUAAACAAUAUGUUCAAGCAUUAUGAUAUUCCUCUUUAUUUGUUUACACAUGAAGACUCACAUGGACAAAAGGCCUAUGAAUUUAAAUAAUAAGAUAACCCUUUUAGAUUUUGUAUUUCUCUUUAAUUACAUGAGAUAAUGAAUCCAGGUAUAAAACUUAAUGGAUGUGUAUUAGUGCCUUUUCUGUUGCUGUGAUAAAACUUCGUGUCUAAGUGAACUUAUAGAGUUUUAGUUUGGCCUUAGUUCAAGAGUGAUACAGUAUUGCUGUGCAGCUGGCAUGGAAACAAGGGUCAGACAUGACAGCUGAGGUGGGAAAGUAAGAAUUCACACCCUUAAUCUGCAGCAUGAAGCAGAAAGUAUAACCUGAAUAUGAUGUGUAGAUAUAAACUCUUAGGUCAAUGCCCAGUGAUAAAGCAGCAUUGCCUAAAUCUUCCCUAUAAUACACAGACUGAGAAUGAUUGAUUUCUCUGACUUCAGGCCUACAUGCUUGCUUUCCGUUACAUGAACCAAUUCAUGAUGGAGAAAUACUCUGUGAGCCUUUAGGUAUCUCAGCACCUAUAUGUUACAGGAAUUACAAGAGAAAACAUUCGUAAGUGAAACAAUUUAAAGAUUUGUUUUCAUUUUAAUUUUACUAUGGCAGUGUGUCUUUGUAUGGUAUUGCAUUCUGGGUCCCAAGAAAGUUAGACCUUUAGGGCUUCUUGUAGCAGGAAUUACUGGAAGUUGUCAAAAACCUAACCUUGGUGCUGGGAAUGGACUUGUAUUAAAGCCUCAUCCAUGUGUCUAGCCCUGUAAAUAUCUUAAAGUUUUUCUUUUUCACAUUGAUAUCCUUAAAUAGGGAGGAACUCAUACAAUAGAAAAGCUCUAUUCAUGUAAAUGAUUUGGUAAAAACUUUAGACAUCACAAUUGUCUUCAGUUUCAAGAAAACAAAACUUGUCUUAUGUCUUUUUCAUUGUAACCUUGAAGUAAAUAAAUUAUUAACUAAGUUUAUUAAAGACUAUUGUGUCACGUGACUUCUGUUUUGCAACAUUUGAAGUAGAUAUUAAAGUGUACUGUAUGUGUGGCAAAUCCAUUUAGUGAAGUUUAUUUUGUGGCCCUUAUCUGUGGCUUUUGUUAAUCUUCUAUUGUGCUUUCACAGUGAGAGAAAUUUUCUGCUGCAAUGUAUAGAAUGAGAUGGCCAUCAUCUAAGUGAUCCAUUUUUGUUUAAAUAUCAGGCAGUGUGUGAUCAUACUUUUCAAGUAAGGGUGUCUGUGAAAGGGUGUUGCAUUUUUGUUCCUGGUAUUAUUUUUCACAUUUUUUUCACAGAUUCUCUUGGAAUGUUGUUUGUUAUGCAGUCUGGCUUGGAUGUCAGUAAUUACCCAGGGAUACAUUUGAACUCAUGAUCUUCAUGUGUCAGUCUCCUAAGUACAAGUCCAAGGGGAGAUGAUGUAUGCCCAACGUUUGCUGUUUUGUCAAAAUGUUUUAACCAUGUUAAUGUUAAAAUACUUAAUAGAGAAUAUUUUAAAAAAUUAAAUACCCCAUGUGUGUAUCCAAAGACACAUUUUUGUCUAUAGGGAAGAGAUGUAAUAAGGUCAGAUAGUCACCAAUCAACUGUGUAUUUCACAAUAUAAUUUAAUGUGUUAUGGAUAUGCAAAGAUAAUUUGAAGUUUUAUUUAUCUUUACAUCUUCAUCAGUUAUCCAUAUGACAAAUCAUCUUAUUCCUUUUAAAUAAAUUAUUCAGAGAUGCCAGAUAAUGUAAUUGCAAUGAGAUUUUAUUUUAAGACAAAAUUUCUGGUGUGUGUGUGUUUUAAUAUGACUAUGGGGUUUUAGGCCAUUACAGAUAUGUAGAAACAAGAACUUUGAAGAGUCUGCUUUUGUCUAUCUUCAUACAGUGAUCAAGAUGAGGUCACAGCCUUGUACAAUAUAAACAUUUCAAACAAAGUUGUCUCAUUGAUGCUCAAAUGAGAUUAGUGGAAAUAUUACAUCAGGAAAGUAUUGUCUUUUCAGAUUGUAAACAUUUUAUUUGAAAGGUAAUGGAAAACAGGGAAAACUGCAUAAUAAAUCCU